AAAUUCUAGUUCUGUUCUGUUUGUCACUUGCAAUAGGUUAAGUUAGUGAAAGGUCUAUUUCCUGAAUUAAAUAUCUAGUUUUUCGUUCUUUGUGUAAAAGUGCUACAAUGGGGACCAGGAAGCCGACGGGACCUCUGCUGCAGAAACUGAGAGGUCUCAUGAAGCAGACCAAGUUCACCCCUGAGCCUCUACAAGCUUACAUCGUUCCUCAGAAAGACCCUCACAAUAGUGAGUAUCUCGCACCCAACUAUGAGAGGAGAGCUUUCAUCUCGGGAUUCACAGGCUCCACGGGCACUGCAGUCAUCACAAUGACAGCCGCUUGUCUGUGGACUGAUGGCCGAUACUUCCUACAGGCUUCCGACGAGUUGGACGGCAACUGGACCCUCAUGAAAGAAGGUGUUGUGGGGACUCCUAAGCUGGAAGAUUGGUUGAGCAAGGAGUUACCUCGGGGCAGCAGGGUCGGGGUAGACCCUACACUGGUGUCUGUAGGAGAUUGGUGUACUUGGUCUACUGAACUACACAGCAGACAGCACUCUCUUGUGCCAGUGUCUACCAACCUGGUGGACGAGCUGUGGGACACACGACCUGCGCCUCCUGACUCUCCUCUCAUACCUCACCCCAUCAGAUACUCUGGUAAAAGUAGUCAUACAAAAAUCACUGAGGUCAGAAAGAAAAUGGAAGAAAAAAAUGUGUCAAUGCUUAUUGUCAGCGCUUUGGAUGAAGUGGCAUGGCUACUCAACCUUCGAGGUUCUGACAUACCUUACAAUCCAGUAUUUUUUGCGUAUGUUGUGAUUAACUCUACGGAUAUUAAUGUGUUCAUUGACUCUCGAAAACUCACCCCUGCAAUACACAGUCACUUUUCUGAAGAAGAACUCAACGUCACCAUACAGCCGUACGAGAAUAUUGUUACCUUCCUUGGAGAUGUCGUAAAGAAAGGUUCUUCAAGUGAAAAGUACUGGAUACCCCACUUAACCAGUUAUGCUGUUGCUUCUAUAUUUCCUGAAAGUUCUCGUAUCAAUGAUGAGUCACCAAUAUCAGCGAUGAAAGCAUUGAAGAAUCCUACUGAGGUAAAGGGUCUGAUAGAUGCUCAUGUGAGAGACGGAGCUGCUCUUGUAUGUUAUCUGGCCUGGCUGGAGAAACAGUUGGGAAAAGGUGCUAAUGUGACAGAGAUAUCUGGAGCUACAAGACUAGAGGAGUUUCGCAGAGAACAAGAGAAUUUUGUUGGUCUAAGUUUCCCUACAAUCUCGUCGUCUGGACCACAUGCAGCUGUGAUCCAUUACCAGCCCUCUGAGGUGACAGACAAACAGAUCACAACAGACCAAGUGUAUCUGUGUGACUCUGGAGCUCAGUACAAGGAUGGCACUACGGACAUCACUCGCACAGUUCACUUUGGCACUCCCACAGACUACCAGAAGGAGUGCUUCACCAGAGUGUUCAAAGGCCAUGUUGCUCUUGCAUCUGUUGCAUUCCCAGCUAAAAUUAAGGGUAAUUGCCUGGACACCCUAGCUAGACACUCAUUGUGGACUGUAGGAUUAGACUACAUGCAUGGCACUGGUCACGGCAUCGGCUCUUACCUCAAUGUACAUGAAGGUCCGAUGGGCAUCUCAUGGCGACCCUACCCGGAUGACCCUGGCCUGCAAGAGGGCAUGUUCCUCUCCAAUGAACCAGGAUAUUAUGAAGAUGGACAGUUUGGAAUUCGUAUUGAAAACAUCCAAAGGAUAAUUCCAGCAAAAACAAAGUAUCAGAAAAAAAAAUUCCUUAGCUUUGAAGUAGUGUCUCUAGCUCCGAUUCAAGUAAAGCUGCUAGAACCUAAGCUACUAACUAAGGAAGAGAUUGAAUGGCUGAACCGGUACCACACGGAGGUUAGAGAGAAACUGACUCCACUUUUGCUCAAACUGGGACACAAUGAUACAGCUGAUUGGCUGCGUAGAGAGACUGAACCCAUCGGCUGAUAUCCCUUGCUGUGCUGCGGGAUGUACACAUUAAAAAAACCAUCUAAGUCAUCAAAGACUAUACAGUAAUUUUGUACAUUAGUUUAUUUGCCUUUGAAAAUUCUAUGUAUUAAAUUUAUUUAAAUAUU